UUAAAAAAUAUAUAUAUUAAAAAAAAACCACUAGCACACCCCACUUUCACCCCAGUUUUGCCCGACCAGUCUAGUCCCAUCCUCCUCUUUCACAUUAUUUUUGUACGCUUUCCCCACCACCCCCAUCUCCGCCAUCACCCCCCACACCCCCCCCCCCCCCUCUCUCUCUCUCUCUCUCUCUCUCUCUCUCAAUAGUUCCUAUUAUUUUUGUCUAUCUUGCUUUUUACUGUCUUUGUGCCAAUUUCUUUGAAAGAAUUAUUGAUCUAUAACACCAUCUUUGCUUAUUGUCCGCCUUUUUCUCUCUUGUUAAAGAAUUCUCUCCUUGAUCUGGCCUUAUACCUACAAUUUUAAGCAUUAAAAGAUGUCAUUGGACUUGGUAUCUGAACGUGUUUGUUAUGUUCACUGCAACUUCUGCAACACCAUUUUAGCGGUUAGUGUUCCAAGCAGCAAUUUGUUCAAUAUCGUGACGGUUAGAUGUGGGCAUUGUGCAAAUUUGCUGUCUGUGAACAUGGGAGCUUCAUUUCAGACAUUUCCUCUUCAAGAUCCCCAGUCACAGAAAGUGAACUUAAACUCUGAAGAUUUCGAUAAGGAUUGUGGGUCAUCUUCUAAAUGCAACAAGGUUGCUGCCUUUGAAUCUGGGGAUCAUGAACCUCCUCGAAUGCCUCCCAUCCGUCCCCCAGAGAAGAGACAACGUGUUCCUUCUGCUUACAACAGGUUCAUUAAGGAGGAAAUUCAAAGGAUUAAGGCUAGUAAUCCUGACAUCAGCCACAGGGAAGCCUUUAGUACAGCAGCAAAAAAUUGGGCACAUUUUCCUCACAUUCACUUGGGGCUGAAGCUGGAUGGAAACAAGCAUGCAAAAUUAGAUCACCAAUCAUUCGCAGGAGAGGGUACUAAAAAAUCUAAUGGAUUCUAUGAGAUCAAUGGCACCCUGUGAGUUAGAACUUAUAGAAAUUAAUUAAUAAGCUAGUUUUCUAUAUGUACAAUAAUAAUUAAAACGAUAAUUAAUGAUGAUAAUAAUAAUUAUAAUAAGUCGAAGAUAAAAAUGAGAGGCUGAAGCAAAUUGUUGAUCUCACGUCGUAUCCUCUAACCAAGUAGGAAAGCUCUCUAGAAAGCCUCAUGACCUUAUUUGUCAUUUUUUUUUAGAGUAAUGAUAUUAUACAUAAAAAUGUCUGACUGUGUGUUUUGCCCUUUUCUAACAUUUUAAGAAGUGACUGCUAUUCUAGUGAUUA